ACUAAAGUUUAGUUGAGAUUAGUUUUUUCUCAGUCUAUAUAUUCAAUUUAAUAUAUUUUACGCUUACGUUUAUUUGAAUUCACAUAACUUCGCUAUCUGGAAAAUUAAUCACAUAAUGAAAAGUAUAAGACCAUGCCUGGGCCAGCGACAUGUACAGGUGUUGUUACUCUUUCUUUCAAUUGUGGUCAAUUAUGUAGCGAAACUAAAUGUAGGCGUUGCGGUAGUUGCCAUGACAAAUGCUGAAAGCACUAAUCCAGAUUUUAAGGAGUACGAUUGGAAUGAGAAGCAAAAGUCUUAUAUUCUCUCUAGUUUUUUCUGGGGAUAUUUCAUCACACAAUUUCCUGGUGGUUAUUUGUGCCGAAGAUUUGGUGCUAAAACAACGAUGUUCUACUCAACACUGGGUUCAGCUGUCUUGGCAUUUGUUCCGCCAUUAUGUGUUUCAUGGGGCGGUUGGCAAGUGUAUUGUGUGAUACGAGCAGUGCAGGGUUUAUUUCAAGGCCCAAUUUUUCCAUGUUUACACGCACAUUUGGCGGCAUGGUGUCCAGUCAAUGAACGUAAUCGGCUGGGAGCUUUAGCUAAUACGGGAAUUGAAUGUGGGACAGUUUCUGCUAUGUUUCUCAGUGGCAUAAUUGCUGCAUCUGACUUAGGUUGGCCUGGUAUAUUUUAUAUAUCUGGUGGCAUUGGUGUUGUAUUUUGUGUUGCAUGGAUAUUAUUUGCUGCUAAUUCACCAACAGAAUCCAAACUUAUAUCACAAGAAGAACUCGUUUACAUCGAAACAUCAAAGAAUGCUAUUAAAGCGGCAAACGAUAGCGAAUCUGAAGUAAAAAUACCAGUACCAUGGAAGGCAAUUAUGUCUUCAUUACCUUUCUGGGCUUUGGUUGUUGCUCGUUCUGCACAAUCGUGGGGCUUCUCUACUCUGCAAGCGGAAAUUCCUUCAUAUAUGAAUGGCGUAUUGCACAUGAAUAUGAAAUCAAAUGCGCUCUUCUCAGCCCUACCUUAUUUGGCAAUGUGGUGCAUGUCUUAUAUAUAUUUGAUAACUUCUGAUAUAUUACUUAAUAAGAAAGUACUAUCAUUGACCGCAAUACGGAAAACAUUUAAUUCGUUAGCAUUUCUGGUUCCUGCAGCUGCUUUAAUUGGCAUCGGUUUUCUGGAUGAAGACCAGAAAACUCUUGCAAUUGUUCUGAUGACGGCUAAUGUAGGCAUAAAUGCUGGUUCAACUAUAGGUAGUGCACUAAACACAAUCGAUCUGUCACCCAAUCACGCAGGAGUUCUGAUGGGAGUAGUUAAUACAGCUGCUAAUGUUGUUCCAAUAUUAACGCCGUUAUUAGUGGGUUUUAUUGUACAGAAUGAGCACGAUCGCACCCAAUGGCAAAUUGUGUUUAUUAUAUCUGCUGUGGUAUUUACUGUUGGUGAUCUCUUCUAUGUUAUAUUCGGCCGAAUGAAACUACAACCUUGGGAUGAUCCUGAUUUUCUAAAAGCAAAGGAAACACAUAAUGAAGAAAAUACUAAAAACUCGACUGAGAACACUAAACUGUAAGAGUUUACAGGAGUGUUUCUAUUAAUACUGAUCUAUCAAUGCUUAUUUUAAGUAAAUCAUUAUAUAUUAU